ACUCGAGCCCCUUCCGGUUGGGCCCGCCGGGCGUUUCCGGCCGGAAGGCGCUCUGUGGGGAAGCGGGGCUGAAGGGAAGUCCCGCCUCUGUCGCGGACGCCGCCACGCACUUGGCCUGGUUCUGGAGGGGCGGGCAGUUCUCAUUCCGGAGCUGCCAUGAUUGAAGUGGUAGCAGAGCUGAGCCGAGGUCCUGUGUUUCUGGCGGGGGAGGCGCUGGAGUGUGUAGUGACGGUCACCAACCCCCUGCCCCCCACGGCCACUUCUGCAUCCAGUGAGGCUCUGGCCUGGGCCAGUGCCCAAAUCCACUGCCAGUUCCAUGCCAGUGAGAGUCGAGUAGCACUACCUCCCCCUGACUCCAGUCAGCCAGAUGUCCAGCCAGAGAGCCAGACUGUCUUUCUGCCACACCGAGGUGAGAGAGGUCAGUGUAUCCUUUCCACUCCACCAAAAAUCCUUUUCUGUGAUCUGAGGCUAGAUCCUGGAGAGUCCAAAUCAUACUCCUACAGUGAGGUGCUGCCCAUAGAGGGACCACCCUCCUUUCGGGGUCAGUCAGUCAAGUAUGUCUACAAACUGACCAUUGGCUGCCAGCGUGUCAACUCACCCAUCACUUUACUCAGGGUUCCUCUGAGGGUUCUUGUGCUGACGGGCCUUCAAGAUGUCCGGUUUCCCCAGGAUGAGGCCAUAGCCCCAUCUAGCCCAUUCCUGGAAGAGGAUGAAGGUGGGAAGAAGGAUUCAUGGAUAGCUGAGCUGGCUGGGGAGCGUCUCAUGGCUGCCACAUCCUGCCGCAGCCUCCAUCUAUAUAAUAUCAGUGAUGGCCGAGGAAAAGUUGGGACAUUUGGCAUCUUCAAAUCUGUAUACAGACUCGGCGAGGAUGUGGUGGGGACCUUAAACUUAGGGGAAGGAACUGUAGCUUGUUUGCAGUUUUCAGUAAGCUUACAGACUGAGGAGCGUGUACAGCCCGAGUACCAGAGGCGCCGCAGGACGGGGGGUGUCCCCUCCGUGUCUCAUGUGACUCAUGCCCGGCACCAGGAGUCCUGCCUGCAUACAACCAGAACCAGCUUCUCUCUCCCCAUCCCUCUCAGCUCCACCCCAGGCUUCUGCACAGCCAUUGUGUCCCUGAAGUGGCGAUUGCAUUUUGAAUUUGUAACAUCACGAGAACCAGGUUUGGUGCUCCUACCUCCUUUGGAACAGCCUGAGCCUGUCACCUGGACAGGGCCUGAGCAGGUGCCCGUGGACACCUUCAGCUGGGACCUCCCCAUCAAGGUGCUGCCCACAAGCCCUACCCUGGCCUCAUAUGCAGCCCCAGGCCCCAGCACCAGCACCAUAACCAUCUGAAAAUGGAUCACCGUGACACUAUCUUUCUUCAGGAUACUGAGAACUCAGCACCUGGACUCUAGUAGGACCCAUUUUUCCCACGUGGGGUCCAAUGGCACGGACACAAGAGGCAGGCUUUCAGCUGUAGCAUUAAUUUAUUUAUUCAGAAUAAAUUGGCAGCUGCUAGUGGUUUCCCUGGAA